GAGUGUUUGACACGGUGCUACUUUACGCGUUAUUAGAAUUUUGCGAUUGUUUUCAUAUUUCUUUAAAACCAUGCACUUAAUAUAAACAAUUAAACAGAGAUAUAAGUUUUCAUAAUUUGGUAGUGAAGUUAUUAGUGAAUUACGCAAGCUUCUAAUAUUAUUUAAUCAUGGCGGAUCCUCUAAGUUUGCUUCGUCAAUUUAACGUAAAUAAAAAAGACAUCAUCGAGAGGGAUAAUCAAAUAAUAUUUGGCGAGUUUUCGUGGCCAAAGAAUGUUAAAACUAACUAUCUCAUGUGGGGGUCUGGGAAGGAGGGAAGCGAUAAAGAAUACUACACUCUUGAAUGUUUGUUGUUUAUACUUAAGAAUAUACAUUUGGCCCAUCCUGUAUAUGUCAAACAAGCAGCAGCUGCUAAUAUUCCCGCCGUGCGCCGCCCAGAUCGUAAAGAACUUCUGGCUUACCUAAAUGGUGAAACGGCAACUUGUGCAUCUAUUGAUAAAAGUGCUCCCUUGGAAAUUGCUACACAGGUUAAGAGAACUCAUGACCAUGAUGGAGGGGAACCAGCAACAAAGAAGCCUCGUAUUGAGGAGACCCAUGUGCAGAAGGUCCGUGAGCAACUUGCUGCUCGGCUUGAUGCUCCCAAAGAAGCAUCUGUCACUGUUGAUAAUAUCAAGUCGCUGUCAGAAGCUAUGUCAGUUGAAAAGAUUGCUGCAAUUAAAGCUAAGCGUCUAGCAAAGAAGAGGACUACUAUCAAAAGCAAUGAUUUCUCUGACACAUUAGGGGUUGUGAAUUCCGACUUAAGAGCCAUACUCGAUUACGAUGUUGACAUGACCAAAGAUAUUCUCAGCCGAGAAAGGCAGUGGAGGACAAGGACAACAGUCUUACAGAGUAACGGCAAGACAUUUGCAAAAAGUAUAUUAGCACAUCUGGCAAGUGUAAAGGCGAGGGAAGAAGGCCGGCCUGGUGUGCCUCGACCACAGCCCGUUGUGAUGCCACAACCGUCAGCUAUACCACAACAACAGACACAGUAUAACAGAUACGACCAGGAAAGAUUUAUUAGACAGACAGAAGAGACAGAGGGCUUCGAGAUCGACACUAUGCGCACAUACCACGGCAUGACGCUGAAGUCGGUGACGGAGGGUCCCAGCGUGCCCGUCGCUGCGCGCGCGCCGCAAACGCCGACGCACUCGCGACAGAUGCCACAGAAUGGCGGCAUGGCGGGCGGAAUGGCGGCUACUCGGCCGAGUGCGCCGUCUCCGGGUCGGCUGGGCGGAGCCAAGCGGCCAUCACGCACGCCCAUCAUCAUCAUCCCCGCCGCCGCCACCUCUCUCAUCUCCAUGUUCAAUGUUAAAGACAUGUUGCAGGAGUUCAAAUAUGUCCCAGUGGAACAGAAGAAAGCGGAGGGCGCAGUGCGAGAAAACGAAGUGCUGCUGCAGAGGAGGAAAGGCCCCACUGGUGACGUGCCAAACAACGCCACUGCUAUGACUGUGCCAUACCGCGUGGUGGACAACCCGGCGCGGCUGUCGGCGGCGGAGUGGGAGCGCGUGGUGGCGGUGUUCGUGCAGGGCCCCGCCUGGCAGUUCAAGGGCUGGCCCUGGGACGGCAACCCCGUGCAGAUAUUCGCUAAUAUCUGCGCGUUCCAUUUAAAAUGGGAUGAAAUGAAGUUAGACGCGAACGUAGCGCGGUGGGCGGUGACGGUGCUCAACCUCAGCCGCACCAAGCGCCAUCUCGACCGCGCUGUGCUCAUGGCCUUCUGGGAGACGCUAGACAAACACAUGAUGAAGAAUAAACCACAUCUUAGGUUUUAAGUUAGUGAUAGCAAUAAUUUACCUAUAGACUUAUGCAUUGUGAAUAUCCGAGAGCCUUAUAUAGCAGAAAUAAUAAAAGCCCUUCAUACCAUUUUACUUAUAUUUUGUCCUUUUUAGUAUCAAAAUAUUUAUGGAACUUUCGUUGACAUUGACAGACUUUAUAAUAACGUAUUAUUAAAAUUUACAUAUUAUUAUUCAAUACAUGCACAAAGAAAUUGUAAUGUGAAAAAAAAUGUUCGGUAUACUUUUUUAGUGAGCCAAUGUUAUGGUAUCAGUAUGAAAAUAGGUAGCAUUUACAACGCUGCACAUAACACUGCAACAUUUCGUACGAAACAAAGACGUUAUGUGUCAAUUAUUGUGUGCUCGAGACUUAUACAGGGUGUA